CUCGAUCGGCGCUUCCCGAGGCUUCGCAAGUGUGACGCGUUCAUCUCGGAAGCUGCUCCGUGUUUGGUUGCCCGAUCCGUGCGUACUGCAGGGUAGUUGCCUAGCGGACGCUGAUCGGUAGCAAAAACGCACAGUUGCAGUUCGGAGUGAUGAUCUAAACUUCUUUUAAAACCGUGAUGUUGACGCUGCGUGUACAAGCUUUGGCGAGUAAGGUCAUCGAGGGAGCAGGGAUGUUGGUUUGAGUCUUUAAUCGGCUUGAAUGACAGUUUAAAGACACUUCUCUGGAAUACAGAUUAUUUAAGUUCUUGCAAAAAAGAAUGACAUUUUUCUGUGUUUCUGGCGGCAGGUAACGUAAUAGUUCGAGCUUAAUUGCCUGCAAGUAAAGCAGAGGCUCAGUGAAGACUGUACUUGAGCAGUUUGCUGCGUUCGUAAUCCCUGCUUACUAAUCCGGUAAAUGAGAGCUACUACUACCGUCGGUAAUACUGGCGUCCUCGGAAAAUCACAACAUUUAGAACCGCGAUGCUUAGAAGACAGCGCCUUGAAUAUAGUCUAGGUCAGACAACCGAAAUGAAAAGGAUUAAACUGUAAGUGGGGCAGCCAGAAAUGUUCAUAUUUGGUGCUCCUUAUCAGCGAAGACAUUCAUGAUUCAGUGGCUGUUGACAAUUUAUUAUGCGAGGGAUCUCAGCUGUAGCCGAUAGUUGGUACUAACGCGUUCUGUUGCACCAUCCGUCCGCUUCGUCUGACAGUGAACUAUAUUUUUGACUGCCAUGUUAUCGUGGUGACGAUUGGAUGCACCAGUGAUCGGAAGGACCUUGGAAGUAAUGUAUCAUAAUGCUAAAGUGUGACGAGUUGUGGCCGCGAAAACCUAAACAAUACUAGUCACCGCUGUCAGUGCAUGCUCACUUGUCAGCUUGUGAGAUACACGAACUUAUAACCCGGAGCUUGAAACACCCCGGCCACCUACAGAUCAAGUUAAUCUGAUGCCACCACCGAUGAAAACUGGAGGAUAUCACCAGCUGAUCAACCAGCUGAUCUUCAUUGACAGGGUGGCUUCAACUGGCCUGCAAAAAAGUUGCAGACGGCAGCAAGGUGCUCAAGAAACGGAAGGCCAGUUGCUACAAGGACGCUGCCGAUGAGGAGGGCAAGUUUGGCCGCAUGGACGAGGACGCCCUGGAGAAGGAGCGGUACGAGGCAUGGCCUGCUACGGCCGAUGCGCUGGCGGCACCGCGGCCAGGUGAUGGCGGUGAGCUGCUCGAGUCGCUCUCUGCCAAAAAGGAGAACCAUAGUGAGAUUGAGCGGCGGCGGCGCAACAAGAUGACAGCCUACAUCACGGAGCUCUCGGACAUGGUGCCCACGUGCAGUGCGCUGGCGCGCAAGCCCGACAAGCUGACCAUCCUGCGCAUGGCGGUAGCCCACAUGAAAUCCCUCCGUGGAACUGGCAACACAAGCAGCGACGGCACCUACAAGCCUUCCUUCCUCACUGACCAGGAGCUCAAGCACCUCAUAUUGGAGGCAGCUGAUGGCUUCCUCUUUGUGAUCUCCUGUGACACGGGGCGAGUCAUCUAUGUCUCCGACUCGGUCGGCCCCGUGCUCAACCAGUCCCAGUCUGAGUGGUUCAAUGCGUGCCUGUACGACCUGAUCCAUCCAGAGGAUGUCGAGAAGGUACGCGAACAGCUUUCUACCCAGGAGGCCUCCAGCUCGGGGCGCAUCCUUGACCUGAAGACUGGAACUGUCAAGAAGGAAGGUCAUCAGUCGUCGAUGCGGCUAUGUAUGGGUUCCCGGCGGGGGUUCAUCUGCCGCAUGAAGCUGGGGAAUGUGCAGCCUGACGUGCAGGGCCUGCAGAGGCUGCGCCAGCGCAAUGCCUUGGGCCCGUCGCCUGACGGUGCCGCCUACGCUGUCGUCCACUGCACUGGUUACAUUAAAAACUGGCCUCCAUCAGGAGUCCAAGUGGAACCCGGUGAUCAGGAUGGGGGCAGCCAUUGUUGCCUGGUGGCCAUUGGUAGACUGCAGGUGACCAGUGCUCCGAAUCCCAGUGAUCUCGUGGGGUCAAACUCAAAUGCAGAGUUCAUCUCUCGUCAUUCUUUGGAUGGAAAGUUCACUUUUGUCGACCCCAGGUCAGGAGCCAUUUACAGCUGUCAUGGACUUCUUGUAGAGUCAUUGCCAUUUUGAAGCCGUGCCAAAACCAGGCAGACACAACUUCCGUUAAUUAGACCUUGUCGAGACCAACAAAAUUGAUUGACUUAUCUGGCA